CCCGGCUGCCGAGGGGGGAGAGCGGGGCGCCUGGUCCCCUCGGCCGCCGCGGCAGAAGGCACGGUGCCGGAUUCAAGGUGACGGCAGUGCCUGGCUCCAUUCUCCAAGUUGCCAUAGCAGCCUCUCUCCCGACAAGCAGCUUCUCCUGGAGCCCUCAGCCGGGAGGGACGUCAUUGUUCGCUCCUGGCCGUGCAAUGAGGAGACUAGCUGGACAGAACUUUCCCAGUCCGGGGCACUGACCACGUGGGCGCACCCAUGCUGCCUGGAGUAGGGCACGGGGACGGGGCCCCACACCCAGUGGGGGCCCCAUGGGUGAUGAGGGCGAGUGUCCAGGUCUUGGAGCAGCUGCAGCCCGGCGUGUCCUUGGAGCUGUCCGUGCGUCCGUCCGCCUGCUGGCCGUCGCCACUGGAGACCUCGGCCUGAUGGACUCCUGGUGUGGACGAUGAGGGAAGAACACGCCUCCCGCACCCGAGAGGUGACUCCGGAGCGAGCCCCGGAUGACCCCACGACCCGGAACGAUGCGGCUGGCCUGCAUGUUCUCUUCCAUUCUGCUGUUCGGAGCUGCCGGUCUCCUCCUCUUUAUCAGCCUGCAGGACCCCACGGAGCUCGCCCCCCAGCAGGUGCCAGGAAUAAAGUUCAGCAUCAGGCCACAGCAGCCCCACAACGACCUCCCACCAGGCAGUUCCCACGAUGGUGUCUUGAGGGUACCCACAGAAAAGGUCCUCCGAGAUUUGUCCAGCCGGACUCCCAGGGGCCUCACCCUGCAGGUGCCUGAGCAGCCUCGGCCUCACUCGAAGAUGGGGACGAGUCUGCGACUCCGACAGCCGGGUCUGCUGACCAAGAAAAGCCCCGCGGUGGCGGCGGUCCCAGCCAACAGCUCAGCCGGGACCUAUGUCCGGUCGGGUCCCCGGGCCCUGGCUGGGUCUUGGGUCAGCCUGCACCAAAGCCAGCAGGAGCGCAAACGCGUGAUGCGGGAAGCCUGUGCCAAGUACCGGGCGAGCAGCAGCCGCCGGGCCGUCACGCCGCGCCACGUGUCCCGCAUCUUCGUGGAGGACCGCCACCGCGUGCUGUACUGUGAGGUGCCCAAGGCCGGCUGCUCCAACUGGAAGCGGGUGCUCAUGGUGCUGGCCGGGCGGGCCUCGGCCACCGCUGACAUCCAGCACAACACGGUGCACUACGGCAGCGCCCUCAAGCGGCUGGACACCUUCGACCGCCAGGGCAUCCUGCACCGCCUGAGCACCUACACCAAGAUGCUGUUCGUGCGCGAGCCCUUCGAGAGGCUGGUCUCCGCCUUCCGGGACAAGUUCGAGCACCCCAACAGCUACUACCACCCUGUCUUCGGCAAGGCCAUCCUGGCCCGCUACCGGGCCAACGCGUCGCGGGAGGCCCUGCGGACGGGCUCGGGCGUGCGCUUCCCGGAGUUCAUCCAGUACCUGCUGGACGUGCACCGGCCGGUGGGCAUGGACAUCCACUGGGACCACGUGAGCCGGCUGUGCAGCCCCUGCCUCAUCGACUACGACUUCGUGGGCAAGUUCGAGAGCAUGGAGGACGAUGCCAACUUCUUCCUGAGCCUGAUCCGCGCGCCGCGGAACCUGACCUUCCCCCGCUUCAAGGACCGGCACUCGCAGGAGGCGCGGACCACCACGAGGAUCGCGCGCCAGUACUUCUCGCAGCUCUCGGCCCUGCAGCGGCAGCGCACCUACGACUUCUACUACAUGGACUACCUGAUGUUCAACUACUCCAAGCCCUUCGCGGACCUGUACUGAGGGCCGGGCUGCCCACUCCGCUGCGCGGGCGCCUCCCGCCCUCCGCUCCCUCCCCUGAGUGCAGAGGUACGAGAGGGGGUGGCAGGCCGAUGCCAUGGCUUUGGGUCAGGAGCAGAGACCCCCUGCCUUGGAGGGAGACCCCGGCCCUCGUCCUAUACCUGCUUCCUCACUCCUUGGCCAGAGGUGCUGAGGCUCAGAUGGACGCAGCGGGAGCUCAGCUGAGAGUUAGGAUGACCAGGGACGCCUGUGGCCCAGAAGAUGAGGGCCCCAGCGAUAAGGGAUUUCCAGCUAAGCACUCCCGUAGCCUUUGCCUUGUACCAAACCACACGGUUUGCAGCUUUUCUAUGACCCAGGGGGGAGGUGCCCUUGGAAUGAGGCUCCAAAUAAAGCACAUGGUUUC